CUAGAGGCAGGGCUGAGAAGGACGUGGAAGGUUCGCGAAGGGUCUCCAUUAAACCACGAGUUCCAAAUGUUUGGUCAAAUCUUCUGCAACCUUCCCCCGCUUCUCGGAAAUUCGUCUCACUAGGCUUUCUUGUUCCAUUUCUCUCCUCUUAGCUUGAAAAAAAGAAAACCUUCUCUCUUCUCUGCAAAUUCUCCGAAUCUCUCUCUCACCAACCAUUUCCCCAAAAGAGACCUUCAAUCAACCGAAGAUCUCUACCUGUCGUGCAUUGGUUUCUAUCUAUUUCCUGCGUUUGAUUUGUUUGGAGGAGCAGCCUUUCCGUCAGAGUCUUUUUUGACCUGAGUUUAUUACAGCAAAAGUUUUGAGGAAUAGGAAAGAGAAGGACUCAACUUUGCGGGAAUCGCCAUUUGUUGAAAACCAUCAAGUGCUGAAGCCUUUCUCAGAUUCAAAUCCCCUUUAUUCUGGUCGAAUUCGGUUUUGUUAAUUUAUCAAACGAGCAAUUUCCCAACCCAGCGGCUUUAUUUGGAAAUUGAGAAUCUGUCUCUAGGAGUCUUUUGAUCUAGUUUCGGGGUCUAGGGGUGGGGGAGAUGGAGACUGGGGUAGCAGAGAACAAGUCCUCUUACACGUAUUGGGUUAGGGAUGUAACAAAAGACGCUGCUCCACUCCCCGUACCUCGCCAGCUCUCAGCGGAUGAUUUAUCAAAGCAGACCCAGCCUAAUUCAUUGGGAUCGGUCUGGAAUAGUGCUGGAACCUGGGAGGAGAAGAACCUUAGUUCAUGGGCAAGUAAUAGGAUGAAGGAAUUGCUUGCUGCUGUGUGCUCAUUGGAAUUCUCUAGUGGCAAAGCAGAAAUUGCAGAAGUAACAAAAUGUGUGGGUGAUGCAUUUUUGGUUACUGUGCGAAACAAGAAAAGGGUAGGCUACACGUAUGAGUUAACAUUGAAAGUCAAAGGGGAGUGGAUGGUCCAAGAUGAGAAGAAAAAUAUCAAGGCCUAUAUAGAUGUCCCAGAGUUCACAUUUGGUGAGCUAGAUGACUUGCAGAUUGAAGUGAGGCUCAACGAGGAGAAGAGUCUAGUGCAGCAAGAUAAGCUGAGAAUUAUCCAAGACUUGCGGCUAUUUUUGCAACCUAUCCGUGAAAAGUUGGUCCAGUUUGAGCAGGAGCUUAAAGACAGAUAGGGCGGGAUAUUAUUUUUAGUGAUUCUGUCCACUAUUAGGAAAUGGGGACUACUUGUCUGUCAUGUUCUUAUUGGAGCCUUUGAUUCGUCGUACUGUUAUGAGUUACUGCAUCUUUGUUUGUAAUGGAACACGGAUCGUGUAUGGAAGCAAAGCUUAUGCAGUAAACUGGAACUAAUUUACUGGUCAUGCAUUAGUUGGACUAUGCCAGACAAAUGAUAACUUGUCCAUCAAUCUCUUAUGUAUGUUAUAUCUAUUGUUGGAUGUUUGUA